UGUUGCAGCUCCUGAAUUGUGUUGGUGCAUUUCCAGCCUGCCUGACACAGCAGAGGUAGAGAAUGUGUGCCGUGCUGCCGCUGUAGCAGAAGAACAUCUAUUGCUUUUAUUUAUUUAUUUUUGUCGACUGGUUUGUGCCAGCAAAGCUUCAUUUCUGUUUCAGCCAUGAAGACUAUACAGUCCUGGAUGAUAAGGUUGUAGGUUGUUCACUUUUGUUUUUUCAAUCAAGUGGCUCCUACCUGACAGGGGGAAACUGUUCAGGUUUUUACCAUCUAAAAUGGGAUGUGUGUACGCUGUACCAAAGGAGGAACUGCCAGUCCCAAACAGAGCCAUCACACCAAGAGAAACAAGUUUUAUCGAGAAGAUGAAGAAAACGGGUAAAAACAUAGUGGUGUUUUAUGGAUCUCAAACUGGAACAGCGGAAGAGUUUGCAAACCGCCUCUCCAAAGAUGCUCAGCGAUACGGAAUGAGGGGCACGGUAGCGGACCCAGAGGAGUACGACAUGUCCGAGCUGUCCCGCCUCUCGGAGAUUGACAACUCUAUAGCCGUGUUCUGCAUGGCCACUUACGGGGAAGGAGACCCCACUGACAACGCCCAGGAUUUCUAUGACUGGCUUCAGGAAGCCGACGAUGAUCUGUCCGGUGUCAAUUUCACAGUUUUCGGGCUUGGGAAUAAAACGUAUGAACACUACAACGCAAUGGGGAAAUAUGUAGACAAGAGACUGCAGCAGCUCGGAGCGAAGAGGAUCUUCGACCUUGGAAUGGGCGACGACGAUGGCAAUCUUGAAGAGGAUUUUGUCUCCUGGAGAGAGCAGUUCUGGCCAGCAGUGUGCGAGCACUUCGGGGUCGAGGCAACUGGAGACGAAUCCAGCAUUCGUCAGUAUGAGCUGGUGGUCCAUACAGAUAUAAACAUGAACAAAGUUUACACGGGAGAGAUGGGACGUCUGAAGAGCUUCGAGACACAGAAAAUGCCUUUUGAUGCCAAAAACCCUUUCCUGGGCACCGUCACUGCAAACAGGAAGCUGAAUAAGGGAGGCAGCCGACACCUGAUGCACCUUGAGCUGGAUAUCUCUGCAUCCAAGAUCAGAUACGAUUCCGGAGAUCAUGUUGCAGUUUACCCUAUAAAUGAUACGACUCUAGUGAAUAAAAUUGGAGAAAUUCUUAACGUGGACCUUGACACUGUAAUCUCCUUGAACAACCUUGAUGAGGAGUCCAACAAGAAGCACCCAUUCCCUUGUCCUACCUCGUACCGCACAGCCCUGACACACUACCUGGAUAUCACCAACCCUCCACGCACCAAUGUCCUGUAUGAGCUCUCCCAGUAUGCCACGGAUCCCAAAGACCAGGAGACCCUGCGCAAGAUGGCAUCGUCCGCCACUGAAGGGAAGUCUCAUUAUCAAACCUGGGUGCUGGAGGCCAAAAGGAACAUCCUGGCUGUCCUGCAGGACAUGCCCUCGCUCCGCCCCCCCAUCGACCACCUGUGUGAGCUGCUGCCCCGCCUGCAGGCUCGCUACUACUCCAUCGCCUCCUCCUCCAAGGUCCACUCCAACUCUGUGCACAUCUGUGCCGUUGUGGUGGAGUACGAGACCAAGACUGGCCGAACCAACAAGGGUGUUGCAACUAACUGGUUAAAAAACAAAGUGCCUACAGACAAUGGCCACAAGUCCAUGGUGCCCUUGUUUGUGAGGAAAUCGCAGUUCCGCCUGCCCUUCAAAGCCAGCACCCCAGUCAUCAUGAUCGGCCCUGGCACUGGAAUCGCUCCUUUUGUGGGAUUCAUCCAGGAAAGAGCUUGGCUGAAGCAGCAAGGUAAGGAGGUGGGUGAAACUGUUCUUUAUUACGGAUGCCGGCACAGGAACGAAGACUUCCUGUACCAGGAGGAGCUGGAGCAGUUUGAGAAGGACGGAGUGCUCACUCAGCUCAACGUAGCCUUUUCAAGAGAUCAGGCCGAGAAGGUAUACGUGCAGCAUUUGCUGAAGAAAAACAAAGAGAAUCUAUGGAAACUGAUCCAUACUGACAAUGCACACAUCUACAUUUGUGGGGAUGCCCGUAACAUGGCCAGAGACGUGCAGAACACGUUUUAUGAGAUUGCGAGCGAGUUGGGGAGCAUGACGCACACGCAGGCAGUGGACUAUGUCAAGAAGCUUAUGACCAAGGGACGUUACUCGCAGGAUGUUUGGAGCUAAAUGGGAGAACCAACGUAAUCUUUCAAAAACAAAGCCUGGGGAAGGCACGGGGAAGGUGUGGAAAGAGGCUGCUUGUUGUUAGGGUGGUGACCUGCACACGUCAAUGCAAGAUUGGUUUAUUUUAUUUUCCUAUUCCUAGAUUGCCUUUUGGUUUUUUUUUUUUUUUUUUACAGAAAUUAAAUCUUACUGAUAAUUUUGUUGACUGCCAUAGUCGAGACCUGUAAGCGCUGUAUAACAAAUGUGCCCAUAUUACUGGCAGGGUCAUAAUAAAUAAGCCAGGCGUUGUCUCAAAACAGCAAAACUGAUCGAAUCCUGGUGUGAACAGGACUACAUUUUACAGUGACUUCUGAGGCCACAUUACAGAACAAGUUAUUGGGUACAAUGGAAAAGUAUAACUGACACAGGAAAAUUCCCUAUUACCAAAGUUAAACAAACUAUCUCAAUCUCACUCUCACUUAUAGCUUCAGGCGUGGCGUUUGGUCUCUCUGCAAAAAAUCUGCCUACAGGUAAAUUCUGUAAAACAAAGCCUGGGGAAGGAACGGGGAAGGUGUGGAAAGAGGCUGCUUGUUGUUAGGGUGGUGACCCUGUAUAAGGCUUUACCUGCAGGUACAGUUAAGGGUGAGGACUGUUUAGAAGAGAGCGGGUCUGUGCCCUGCUGUGGUGGGUGUUGUUGCUGUUAACUGAACAGCUGUUGACAUGUGACUUGUGUUCAUUUACAGCUUUUUUUGUACUGGAUCUUGUCUGGGUACUUAGACUUUAGGCUGCUCAACAGUCUUCAUCUGCAAUAAGAUGAUGAGUGCUCUACUUGGAUCCGAGAGGCUGAGACAAUCUGUCUAAGAUCAUAAUUACUGUGGAGUGGUGGUGGCAUGUCAUGUAAAUACUAGCGAUACUGUGAUGAAAUUGUCAGUCAAGUAGAUCAUUUAGGGAAAGGAACACGAUUGGGUGCCUUUGUAAUACAGCAUUUCAUAUCUUUAACUGAAGGACGGCUAGGAGAACAUGUUCUGUGAUAAUCAGUUUCUCUAAACAUGAUGAAAUUGGAGUCUGUAAUGUGGCCCAAGGUCUCUCCCUUUAAAGUUAAGCUGUGACAGAGAACUUCGCAGUCCUAAAAGUAGAUACAUGUUUGACCUUACGAUGCUAAGUCAGUCAUUUAGGAACUUUUAAAGAAAUAACCUAUUAAUUUUUAUACUCCUUUUAUGUUAAGCAGUGUAAGAGUCGGUUGUUAUGCGAUUCAAAGUCAUGAAAUAUUAGCUUACCUAAGAUAAAGAAAUAAGUCCCAUUACUUUAUUUUGCAAUUUUUUAAAGUAAUGCACGUCCAGUGUAAAAUCGGAGACGGAAAAUAUUUUUUAAUAUGCAGUUUAUAGAUAUGCAUGCUGUUUGCAGCGAAAUCUCUAGAAGAAAGCUGCUUGAAGGUGUAUGUUCUGAAUACUAAACCAGCAACUAUAUACUGCAAAUAAUAAUAAUAAUAAUAAUAAUAAUAAUAAAAAUAAUAAUAAUAAUAAAACUAAACAUGAUGCAUUUCCAGGAUUGGUUAGGGACAGGUGGGGUGCAAAGUGCAGUCAGGUUCCUACCUUGUUUUAUUUUAUAGAUGCCUUUGGGAGAAGGCAACUCUUUCUCUUUAAAAGCACCAAAAAAUGAGUUCUGGUGUGCAAAACAAUAAUUGCCGUAUUCCUUCAAAUUUAAGACACCCUCGAUUUUAAGACUCAGCCUAAAUUUCCCACCCUCAAUUUGAGGAAAAAAUAAAACAUCAAAUAAAUAUGCAUUUACAAAGAUACAACCUCAAUUAUGGAGGCAGUUUGCGGUCAUCUGCUAUCACACAGGGCAUUACAGUUAUGUGCUGCUUCUCAUUUCCAGUUGUGAUUACUCACACCUGUUUUUCUCCCAGUUUGUGAACUGUGGUAUUGCUUGGCAUGUUGAAAAAUACGGGGGUCUGAUCAGCAAUUCCGAUCUGUCCAAGCUGGUACUGUUGUUAGAAACGCUGAAAUUCUAAAAGCUUCUAUUUGAAUUCCUCAGGAAGCUAAUGACGCUUCUUUGAAAAUGGCUGCCUGUAUGUCGUGGAUGAUUAGAGAUCGGGCAGUAACGUUUUGGUUCGUCUUUUCUCGGCAGUCUGUCAUGAUGUUGCUUGUGUACGGGCAGUGACGUCUUUUGUUGGCGAUUUUUAAUACACACAUCACUAUACUGUACUCUGACGCAGGAUAUUUUUGAGAAGAAAAACAAUGGUUUAAAAAGUGUGUUUUAAAUUCGAAGGAAUAUGGUAAAUGGUUUAUCUAAAAAGAGAUAUAUAUAUAUAUAUAUAUAUAUAUAUAUAUAUAUAUAUAUAUAUAUAUAACACACACAUAUAUGUGCAAUAUGCUGCCCCUAGAGCAGGGGUACCCAAUCCUGGUCCAAUAAUUGGUCCAAUUAAGCAAUUUAGUGUACAGCUGGAACAAAAGCCAGGAGGGACACCGGCCCUCCAGGACCAGGAUUGGGCACCCCUGCGGGCUAGAGGAACGUAGGAUUCUGUUUUUUCAGAUUCUACAUUGAUAAACAAGGCAUGGUUUUAUACAUUGAUAAACAAGGCAUGGUUUUAUACAUUGAUAAACAAGGCAUGGUUUUAUACAUUGAUAAACAAGGCAUGGUUUUAUACAUUGAUAAACAAGGCAUGGUUUUAUACAUUGAUAAACAAGGCAUGGUUUUAUACGCAGCUUAGCCGAUUCGCAAAGCAGCUCGUGAGGCUGUUGAUGCAAAAAUUAAAAAGGUUCUCUGCUUACAGGGAGAGAAGAAAAUGCAGAGUACAGCAAUCUUGAGGAUUCAGAUUCAUUCUGAAUCGAGGCAUUACAUUUUCCUUGUAAUUUUCAUAAUUGGAAUGCAGUAAAGAUAUUCGAUCAAGGUACAUUUCCAGUUACAAAGAAAAACUUUCAUAUUCUGUAAACAAAUGUCCCUCUCAGUACAUUUAUAAAGAUAUGUUUCAAUCAUGUUUACACUUAAGUAAACCCGAGCAGUAAAAACAGGCAGUUUUAAUUCAACAUAAGUUAGAUACAACUUGAACACUGCUAACUUUUUUUCUUUUUUCUCUUUUUACGCCAUUAAAUCAUGAAACUGGAAUGUCCCUGCGUACAGCAUGAAACUUACAUUUCUUUGUUUCCUAACUUCUGUUUGUUGUGGAUCUAACCUCUCUACAAAGUUAUGUAAAGCUUUUAACAACUAAGAAACUGCUGGCAGUAGCCUGAAAUAUACAAUGCAACUAGAAUCUUAUGGUAAUGUAGAUCCAAUUCUGUACCUUUUUUUUUUUUUUCAAUUGGCCUGUUUUACUGUGAUGCCAUGCACUGUGGGAGCGUAUUGAGUUACCAAGUGUUUGUUCUGAGGAUACAGAAUGCUUGGAGUUUGCAGCAAGUUGGAUGUACUGUUUCUUGUCUGAGUGCAACAUUCCUUUUUAUGUUUAAAAAAAACCAAAACCUGUUGAUGUUACACAGUUAAUAUAACCUAAUAAAGAUACUUUAGCCACACCUUGGAUCAUACACUUAUGCAGUUCAUUUUUGAUGGUGUUGAGGGGCAUACCUAAAAACAGACAUGCUCAUACGGUUGAUCACAGCUAUCGACAACUGAGCAGGGUGCCAGUAUCUUUCUACAUGAUCGGAGACUGAAUUGACCACUUUAACAAGGGUCAUUAGCCCUAUUUUAAACACAGUAUAAUUUGAGUCUUUGCAGAGAGCGACAUGUAAACUUAGUGCAGAAGAAUAUGCGGGUCACAGAGGGUCAAUGCGGAGGGUGCUUCAGGUAUAACUGCAGGCACACAUGUACGAAGUACACAGCAAGAGGGAGAGCCGUGAUUCUAGAGUUAAACUACUGUAGUGUCUUGUGUGUUUUGCACUUCUGAAAAUGUAACUGUGGUACGGUUUAAGAAAUAGCGAUGAUUUACCCUGCACUUUCUCUAGUUUUUUUUCACUUUACUAACAACUACAGUACUGUAGACAUUUUAUAAAACAAUACUUGGGGACAUAAGCGCCUGUGUUUCUUUGUUCUGGUUUUUGGAUGCAUUAAGCAAAUCUAGUCUUAGUUGAACUGGAAUUGACCAGAGUGGUGCUUUGUCACUCAUAUGCACCAUAUUCUCGUAGAGGAAAAAAUUUUUUUUUUACAUAACUUACCAUACUGCACCACUCUUAUACAUUAAUAAAGGAAUAUCCUACAGGGUUUCUUUUCUCUUGGUUUGCCUCAACACUUCACAUGAGCUCAACAGAAACUAGGUGUACCAGCGUCUUUUCUUUUAACCUUAAAUAACUUGUUGGUUUGCUUCUUGGAAAGAGGGUUAUUAAAUGCUGUCUAGUCAGUGUGCUAUGUUUGUUCGCUAUCAUGGCUUGAUCUAAUUGUAUAUGCAAUAUAAAUGUUCUUUUCAAUAAAAACAUUAAUUUCAUAAAUAAAA